GCCCUCUACAGGGAUGUCAUGCAGGAGAACUAUGAGACUGUGACCUCGCUGGAGUUUCCAGUUUUCCCACCUGAUGAGCUCUCUCAGCCUCAACAAGACAAAGACCCGUGGGUCCCAGAUCGCCAUGAUUCAGAGGAAAGCGAGAUCCUGAGCGGUACCUGCCCAAGGGAGGAAUCAUUCAGCCAAUUCGAAAUCUGUCUAUGGCUGAAGGAAACAGCUGGGAUUCCUGACAGAGACCUUGGGAGUUCUCCGAGUUCAGGAUUGUCCCCAGCAGGUGAUGGGAUGCCGAGUGAGAAGGAGGACCACCAACCUCAGCAGGAAGAUGCUGAGCAAGACGAACCACACAGGACAUUAUUGCAAAUAUCUGAGGAGGAGGAUUCCAGGAGUCGUGAGCAGAGAGAAGGAAAUGAGAGUCAGCACAGGCCAGAGAGAAAGCAGGGAAAUCAGCCAAGGGAGAAAUUGAAUAAAUCCAUUAAUAGUUGGGGACCUCACAAAUACGUCAAAGAAACCUCAGCCCAGCCGAAAAUCCAGGCAGGCGCGAGAAACAACACAUGCUCCGAGUGUGGGAAAAAUUUCAGUAGCCGCUCAGUUCUUCUUAAACAUCAGAGGAUCCACACAGGGGAAAGACCCUAUGAAUGCCGCGAAUGUCAGAAAAGCUUCACUCACAGGUCAUCCCUCAUUAAGCAUCGGAGGAUACACACUGGAGAGAGACCCUAUGCGUGCUGUGAGUGUGGCAAAAACUUCAUUGACCGUUCAGCCCUUAUUAAACAUCAGAAAUUCCACGCGGGAGAGAGACCCCAUGAGUGCAGUGAGUGCGGGAAAUGCUUCACCCAGAGCUCGGACCUCAUUACGCAUCAGCGAAUCCACACGGGAGAGAGACCCUAUGAAUGCAGCGAGUGCGGGAAAAGCUUCACUCAGCGAGCAUCCCUCAUCAAACAUCGGAGAAUCCACACCGGCGAGAGACCCCAUGAAUGCUGUGAGUGCGGGAAAACCUUCACUCAGAGCUCAGGCCUUGUUCGACAUCAGAUAAUCCACACGGGGGCGCGAUCCUACGCGUGCGCCGAGUGCGGAGAAAGCUUCUCUCGGCGCUCGAACCUGAUCGUGCAUCAGAGAAUCCACACCGGGGAGCGACCCUAUGGGUGCUGCGAGUGCGGGAAAAGCUUCAUUGACAGCUCAUCGCUUAAGAAGCAUCAGCGGAUCCACACAGGGGACAGGCCUUACGGAUGCAGCGAGUGCGGGAAAACCUUCACUCGCAGCUCAAACCUCAUCACACAUCAGCGAACCCACACAGGGGAGAGACCCUACGAAUGCAGCGAGUGCGGGAAAAGCUUCACUGACAGCUCUCUCCUCAUUAAACAUCAGAGGAUCCACACGGGGGAGAGGCCCUAUGAAUGCGGCGAGUGUCAGAAAAGCUUCACAGACAGCUCAGACCUUAUUAAGCAUCAGCGAAUCCACACCGGAGAAAAGCCCUAUGAAUGCGGCGAGUGCGGGAAAAGCUUCACUGACAGCUCAGACCUCAUUAAGCAUCAGAGAAUCCACACGGGAGAGAGGCCUCAUGCGUGCUGCGAGUGCGGGAAAAGCUUCACGCAGCGCUCGUGCCUUGUUAAACACCAGCGGAUCCAUACGGGAGAGAGACCCUACGCGUGCGCCGAGUGCGGGAAAAGCUUCGCUUGGCGCUCCAACCUCAUUGUGCAUCAGAAAAUCCACACGGGGGAGAGACCCUACGGGUGCUGCGAGUGUGGGAAAAAAUUCAUUGACAACUCGGCGCUCCUGAAGCAUCAGCGAAUCCACGUGGGGGCCAGACCUUAUGAAUGCGGCGAGUGCGGGAAAACCUUCACUCGGAGCUCCAACCUUAUCAGGCAUCAGAGGCUCCACACCUCAUAGAGACGCGCUAGAUCAGUGGUCUCCAACCCGCCCACCAGACGACGAGCCACGGAGGACCGUGGCGGCAGGACGAGCAUCCGCCGACAAUCGGUGGCAUUUCGGCAACACCUCUGCAUGAGGCUGCUUGUCGGCGGCCAGGACGCGGGGCCACCUAGAUGCCCCAGCGGGCACCCAUGGGCACCGCAUUGGGGACCCCUGCUCUGAUCGGGCCAACCGAUUUUUUUUCUGCUGCCCUAGCAUGGUUAGGGUUUAACCUUUAACUGUUUUUCUUUUCUUCUUCCAUCCUUUUUCAGACUACGGCUUUUUCGAACUGCAGCCACUUUUGCUUUUUUAACGUGGCUUGAGAACCCAGCUUCGUCUUUUACGUUCCCCGUGAUCUGCCUCGGUUUUAUUUGGGGAUAUUUUUUUAGUAAGGCUGUAACUUUGUUUCCCCCUUUGCUGUUUUAAUUUAGACGCUUUUCGCCUCAGCUUGUGACGUUUUCGCUGACUAUUACAUACCUGCUUUUCCCUUGCCGCGACUUGCGUGGCCCGAGUUACACUGCUGAUGCGGAGGAUACUUGGAUUUGACUUCCGGCUGGAGGGAGAGAUUUUUUUAAUUUUAUUUUAUUUUAUACACCUCAUAGAGAUGCUCUAUUUUAUUUUUGCUUUUUAAUUUUUGCCUUUAAUUCAUUCAUUUUUUAAUUUAUUAUUAUUGUGAUCAUCUGCUUACAGAGCUGCAGCGAUGUUCCAGGGCCGGAAAAGGGUUUUUAAAAAAACAUUACCCUUCUCUUGUACAAAAUCAAUACGCGGUUUUAAAAUAUUAUUUUUAACUUUUAUUUUUAGGGAGUUUUUAUAUCUGUUUUUAACUUAACCAGACUCCCAGCCUGACCCCUGAGUUCCAGUAAUGGAAUGUAUUCAUAAAUCGACUUGCUGACUGUGUCGCAGAGAAAUUACAGGUCGCUACCCUACCCUGCAGUUCUUCCCUGUUGCACAGGAAACCAACCAACCAACCAACCAUUCGUACCGAUCAUCCCCUUCUCUCCACCACUCCUGGGUGGCUCGCCAAUUCUGUUACUCACGGGUUUUCGAACCCAAAGCACUGGUAACUUAACUGGUUCUUGUUAGGAAUAAAUUAAUGGGGACGCAGCUAGUUUGUUUCACAAAUGAUUGGCACAAACAAGAGUGCUUUAACUAAAACGACUGUCUAUAUCGUUAAUAAUAUAGGCAACGGUGCUUCAUGCUGCAAAGUUUUAGGACAAGGAUUAACCACACACAAGUUCAAUCGAAGGAGGAAGCUUUAAGGUUGUGGUUCAAACGCGAACAAUCAUUUGGUUUUGGCGCUGAACUGUUUAACAGCUCAGUGUGGAUCGCACGGCCCGGCUGAAAUUCUGGGAGUGAGGUUUACGUAUUAAUGGACAGCUCCGUGGAGUUCCUGUUUUAGGAUUUAUGAGGGUUGGUGAUCCGUUGCAUUCAUUUCAUCAGUUGGCUAAACUGAUAACGUGAUUGCAAUGCAAUAGCAUUGUGGACGCAUUGAUUUACGGACUUUUGACUUUAACGUCCGUGUGUGCACCCAACGGUUAAUGGAGUCAUGGAUAGAGCAGUUUAGACUUAGCAAUGUGUGUUCUUGAAGUUUUUUUUUUCAGUUUGAAUAAAAUGUAUCAA